AUGGUAUAUGAUGAGGAAGGAAAAGAGAAAGGAUUACAAAAGAAGAAAAAAGGAAUCAACAAAAGGAAUACACGUAUAUUUUUAAGAGAUAAAAUAAAAGAUAUUGAAAUCCAGUGUGGAAAAUUAAAGGAUUAUUUAAAAAAAAAGGAAGAAGAAAAGAAAAUAUUUCAAAUAUCUACAGUGUUAUUAAAACAAUAUCAUUCGUAUUUAAAUAAUAAAUUGUAUAAUAAUAUAUCUUCAUGUUUACCAAUAUUUCAUCAUAUCUUUGUUACAAGUUGUGGAAUUAUUUUUACAAAUAAUGAUUGUUAUAUUAAUGAUGAAAAAAAAAAAAUAAAUCAAAAAAAAAAAAUAAAAAAUAUAAAUAAUCAUCUUUUGUAUUGUAAAAAUGGGAAAUCUAGUUUCUCUGAUCAUUGUAUAUAUGAUGAGGAUAUAUGUAAAAAUAUAUCGUCUAUUUAUUAUCCUAUGAAGGGAAAAAAUAAAAGCACACUAAUAAAACAAACGAAUAUUUUAUAUGAGGAAAAAGAAAAUAUGUUAUGUACAACUCUAAAGGAUCAAUCCAAAAAAAAAAAAAGUUGCUACGUUUAUAAUAUACAAAAUAAUAAUAUUAAUAAUAAUAUGUAUAUUGAAAGUAUGACCAGUGAAAAUAAUAAAAAAAAAUUGAAAGAAAAGAAUAUUAUAUAUUUAUCAUCAUUAGAAGGGAAAAAAAAAAAAAUGUAUAAAAAAUAUAGAAACGAUCAAGACACAAGUACUUUAUAUACACAUAACAAUAAUAAUAAUAAUAAUAAUAAUAAAAUUUUAAUAAAAAACAAAAAAAAAAAAUGUACAACUAUUUAUAAUGAAAAUAACAAAAGUAUAUCUAGUACAAUUUUAAAUACUUCCUUUAAUAAUAUUAAAAAAAAAAAAAAAAUGGAUUAUCUUAAUCGUAAAUUCAUUGAUAAAAAAUGUUCCACGGAUAAAAAUUUAAUCAUUUCAUCCAGUCAUACGGUAGAUACUAUAAGUGAACUAGUUAAUAUGAAUAAUUCAUCAUCGGAUAACAAUAUUUCAACAUAUAAUGAUAUACAUGUACAAAAUGUAUGUAACAAGUCCAACAAAAUAAAAAGAUAUAACCAUAAUAAUAUAAUAAAAAAAAUAAAGAAUCCUACCAAAUAUGAAAUAUCAUCCAGUUUAUCAAUAUUGUUGGGUUGUAAAACUAACGCUCAUAAUUAUUAUAAUGAUAUAUAUGAUGAAGAAUAUAAAAAAAAAUAUAAUCAUAUUAACAAAAUGAAUACGCAAUAUAAUGAACCAUAUAAUAUUCAAUAUGUUAAGGAAAAACAUAAAACGGAAACGGAAACGGAAACGAAAACAGAAACGGAAACGAAAACGAAAGCGAAAAAGAAAAAGAAAAAAAAAAAAGAAAAAAAAGAUGAAAGUUAUAUAGAUUCAUAUAUAGAUCUUAUAAAAAAUGUUAAAGUUUUUUCAUUCUUUGAAAAUAAAGAACAAAUAAUACAAAAUAAUACAUUUACCAAUUUUUUCAAUAAUAUAAAAAAUUUUUUUUUUUUUUCAUCUAAUGAUAAGAAGGAACAAAAGGAAAAUAACACAUCAGACCAUAAUAAUCCUUAUGAACAAAACAAAAAUAUAAAUAAUAAAAGACAAUAUAAUAUUUUAAAAUAUCAAUGUGUAAUUAAAUCUAAAGGUAUAAAAAUUUUUUUAUGUGUUUGUCCUAAUUGUUCUAAACAUUUUUAUUUAUUAAUAAAAAAAGGUUCACAAAAAAAAAUGAUCUCUAAAGUACUUCAUCCUUCUUAUUUUGUUACUCUAGUCAAGAAUUUAAAAAAACAAAAAAUUAAUCUUUUAAAAGAUGAAUAUGAACAAAUGAGUGAUGACAACCCCAGUAUGAAAAAUAUACCUUAUUUAGAUAUUACAACAGUUGAAUUUUUUAACGAUAGUCUUUACUAUGAUGAAACUGUUCAAGACUUUUGUCAAUGUUAUUUAAAAAUAAAUGAAACUACAAAUAAUUUUUAUGAUAAUAUGGAUAUAUUACUUUAUAUUUAA